GUUAUAGCCCAUAUAUAAUGCUAAUGAUCUGUUACUGUUUGAGAUCUAUGUUACUAGGAACGAGAGUUAUUAAGUAUGUCCUUAUAGUCAUUGUGCAAAAUAUACUUCACAUCUAAUUUAUUAACAUACACCAGAACUUGAAGAAGAAAAACAACAGAAAAUGGAAGAGAAGCAACAACAGUUUCAAGCUUUGGAUGAUAAACAACGUCCAUGGUCGGCCUGGAGUCGUACUAAUGAAUCUUGUGUACAACAUACUGGACAUGACAUCGAGCAAGUACAAGAAUUGUAUUCUAUGUGUGAACAACCACUUAUAAAUUAUUGCUCCCAUAAGAACUAUCGACAUACAAACAGUACCACCACCUCAUAUUUAUCUCCUAUGAAUUUGCUUGCUGUUACAUUAUGGUACUUAAAGCAUUAUCAUUCUGAACGUUAUAUUGCUACAGAAUUAAAUUUGGGUCGAUCAACAGUAAAUUAUUUAUUACCAGAGGUUGUGGAUAUUUUACAUUCCUCAAUUCCUGAACCUUAUGAUUCAACUCAACGUAAAGCAUAUUAUCAUGCAAAAAGUUCAAGAAACUACGCAUUAAAAGUACAAGUAGCUUGUGAUUUCCAUUAUCGAAUAGUGCAUGUGUCCGAAUGUUACAAAGGCAGUGUACAUGAUAUUACAGUUUUACGAGAUUCAGGACUAUUAGAACAUGUAAAUGACUCUGUACAAAUUAUUGCUGACAAAGGAUACAUUGGUGAAGAAUACGUGGUUACUCCAAGAAAGAAACCUCGUGGACGCGAAUUAUCAGAUGAAGACAAAAGUUUCAAUCGAGAUAUUAAUAGUGCAAGAGCAGCUAUUGAAAAUAUCAAUCAGCGUCUCAAAACCUAUGCUAUUUUGGGCAGUGUGUACCGAGGAGCUAUUGAUGAUUUUCAUAAGAUAACUAAAAUAGUACAAGUUGUUUCUGCUCUAUGUAAUAUGAACUUGAAUAAACAUCCUAUUCGUAAAUACACAACAUAA